UCAAAGGUGAGGAAACCUAAUGUCGUCAUGUGCGAUAACAGUCAGCUUAGCGUGUUGAUAUGUGUGUUCUAAAAACACAGCCCUUGACUGUGUUCUCACAAGUUCUCUGUGGACCAGAACAUAACGGUACUUAGAGAAAAGGUCUCUGUGUUUAUGAGCAGAUUUCUACUGGAGUCAAAGAGAUCGGAUUGCUAGGAUCAACGUGAUGGUAUUUACUUAGCAGGCCAGAGGUCACGCUAACCUUUAGUCAUGUUUGUCAUCGUCAAGUUUGGAAACAACGAAAGUCUUCUGGUCAACCCAAGCUGCGCGGUCAUUAACUUACUGACCAGCAUCAAGAGGAGAGCUGGGUUUGGCAACACAAACAAAACAAUCGAUCUGUCGGACGAAAACGGUCUGGUGAAAGAUCUCGAUGUUCAUAAAUUUGAGAGCGCCACCAAAUAUUUAACAUCUCACGAGACCUACAUCUUAGUACAGAAGGAGCUCUUAACAGCUGAUGGAGAGUUCAAUUCAAAUCAAUACACGUAUGUGCCUCUAUUAGAAAGAUACUCAGAACUGUUUCCAAAUUACAAGAUACAUGUCCAAGAAGUUGAAGGCCUGCGGAAGAAAUCUCGAGUAAAGACCGGAACUAAGUCUCCAAGUCCUGCUGGGAAACUUAUUGGUCGUGGCAAGAAAGAUGGCGCCAUUAAGAAGGCGACCAGAAGAAAAUGAAUAACACAUAGUCCAUGUUAUUCACUUUGUUGUACUUUACCAACCUUGACAUAUCUAGUAAUAACUAGUUUGUACUGUUGAUCAUGUAUCAAAUAAAACUUGUGUAACUUUAUAAACAACACAACUUCUUGAAGAUUUGAACAUAAUACAAUGCCAGAUGUUACAUAAACUUUUUUUUAGUUCAAAUGGAAAGAAUUUUAAAACAGAAUUAUUUCGAAUAGUUAUUUUUCUAAUUUCAUUAAUUAGAUAAGGAAUGGAAUAGCCAUACUGGCUCCAAUAUAGGCCACAAAUGUAGCCUAGGUUAAUUUUAUACUCGCUUAUCUUACCAUUAGCACUAGAAGUAUUACCUUAUACUUCUUUCUCAGAUAUAAACGUGAAAUGUCCAGCUUAUCUCUACUAUAUCCAAUCCUAAAAUGUUUGUUACCGACAGGCCCUACUCGUUUUCAUUUCUAGCAUUUACACGAAAGUAAGGGAGAUAAAUGAUUCAUUGAUUUCUUUUUUAAUUCAACAUCGCGCUCUCAAUGAUUCUCUCCCUUAUUUCCUUCACAUUGCUCUUUGUAUGAUACUAACUACUUUGUAUUUAUAUAUAUACAGAAUAACGUUGUAUUUAUUACAUAAUGUUAACAACAAAAGAUCUUGAUAGAUCUAUUGAUAAUUGAGACAGUUGUAUUUCCAUGCAACAUAUUCGCCAAAAAUUGCUUGUGUAAAUAGAGAACUAACUGAGUAGACUA